UAAACAAAUUAAUUAUUGGUGUUUACAAGUAAUAAUUAACAGAUAGUUUUGAUAAGUUGUGCCUAUGUCUGAAAAAUUAGGUAACAAAUCUAUAUAAAUAGAAUGUGUAAAAUAGAAAAGACUAAAUAAUAUUUAAAUGUAUGGCUUCGUCAAAAGCAACUAUUGAUGUCAACUCUCCAUCUAACUUAUUGUUCGUUUUGUGCAAACAAGUUCUGAGACAAAAUACACAAGCUUUAACGGAUGAAUUAAUUUCUAGUCAGUAUCAAUAUGCACUCAGAUUAUUAGGAAGUCGAUUUUCAAGUUCGAUAGUUGAAGAUGAGUUUCAACUUGCAGAAUGCAUCAAACGUAAUUUUGCAAAACAAGGGAAAGUGAAGGAAGCUGCUCAAUUUUCUGAAUUGUACUCAAAGCUAAAAGGCCAGCAGGACACGAUAAAAAAUCGUUGGGGUGUUCUAUACCUUCUCCACACAUUAAGUAAGGAUGGAAAAAAGAAAAAUCAGAAUGUAUAUUUUGGUGGCUCUUUUGACUCAUUUGCUUCAACGCUUGCUUCUUCACGCUCUAUCCCUAAAUCAUCUUCUAGCAGUGGUUUAGGAAGUACUUUUAAUUCUUCAAUAGAUCCUACUCCUGAUAUGUCUUCAUUUUUGCCUAAAGGAUAUACAGCAAAAAAUGAAGCAGCUAAUGUUGGAAUUAAUUUUCGCUCACGAAUUACUGUAUCUAAAGAUAGAGACACUUCAGAUAUUGCUGCUAUGGUUUCUAAAUCUCAGCUUUUAAAUAGAAUGUCUCAAGUUAUAGAAAAUUCUCAUUAUAAAGAUUACUGUAAUAUAGAACAAGAAAUUCCAAAAUCAGAUGAACUAAACACUCUUUUGUCAAAAAUAUAUGCUUCUAAUUCAGAUGGCACUUUAUAUGAGGUGACUGAAAGUUUUCUGUUACGUGAUAUUUUUUAUGUUUUUCAAGGUAUCGAGGGUAAACUUAUUAAAUAUGAUGUUGGAAUUGAUUCUUAUAAAAUUAGCAAUGAUGUUGGAAUACCUCUUCCAGUUCGAGACAUCAUAUGUAAACUUGCAGAACUUGGUUGGUUGUUUCGUAGAGUACGCAAGUAUUUAGAUGCAAGGGCCAGUGACAAGGCUCUUGGCUUAGUAGGUCAAAGUUUUUGUGCUGCAAUAGAAAAAGAAAUAAUUGAAUAUUAUCGACUGAUUGCUGUUUUAGAAGCACAACUUAAUCAAGAAGACUCCUCAAGUUUAAGUAAUAGUGACCAUCUUACUUUACGAAGAUUAGUUGUAUGGACUCAUGAUCCUUUGUUGAGAAUGAAAGCUCUGACAACAUUGGUGGAUCAAUGCAAAGGUAAGAAAGGCGGGAACUUGCUUUCUGCUAUAUUCUCACAUACUCAAGUUGGUGACCCCUUCAUAAGUAAGUUAGUUAGCCAUAUUUUGUAUGUGGUUUCUCAUCCAAUAAGAAGUAUGUUAGAACGGUGGAUUUUUGAAGGUGAUUUGCAAGACAGUUAUAAUGAGUUUUUUGUUGCUGCUGACCCUGCUGUACGCAAUGAACGACUUUGGCAUGAAAAAUACAGCAUACGUAAACAAAUGUUGCCAAGUUUUAUUACAGAUGAAUUAGCUACAAAGAUUUUAAAUAUUGGGAAGUCAAUUAAUUUUAUAAGAGUUGUUUGUGAAGAUAGAUCACCGAUCUUCGGUCACUCUGACCUUCAAAAACCAAAUGCAGGAAAUUCAGAAAGUCUUCAUGUGGAUGAACUUAAUAGUUCUGCUUUACAGGAUUUCAUUGAUCUUGUUUAUGAAAAUACGAGCAAACAUUUAUUAGACGUUUUAUUUAACAAAUAUAAGUUUUUAGACCAUUUGCAGGCAAUGAGAAGAUAUCUCUUACUUGGACAAGGAGAUUUUAUUAGACAUUUAAUGGAUUUACUUGAACCAGACUUAAUGCGACCAGCAAACUCUCUGUAUAUGCACAAUCUAACUGGAUUACUUGAAACUGCUAUUCGUGCUACCAAUGCUCAAUUUGAUGAUCAAGAUAUCUUAAAAAGACUAGAUUGUCGAUUACUAGAGAUAUCACCAGGGGAUUGUGGUUGGGAUGUAUACAGUUUAGACUAUAAUGUUGAUGGACCAAUUUCAACAGUAUUCACUCCUGAUGUAAUUUUACAAUAUCUACGAAUUUUUAACUUUUUAUGGCGAGCUAAACGAAUGGAGUAUUGUUUGACAGGAAUUUGGAAAAAUCAAAUGAGUAACAGUCGAAUUCUUUAUAAACUUCCAGAAAUGGUUUCUAUCCUUCAUCUUAGUCAUUGUUUGGAAGCAGUCAUGGUUCACUUCAUUAACCAAAUGCAAUACUUUAUAACAUUUGAGGUAUUAGAAUGCAGUUGGGAAGAACUCUUAGUGGAAAUAAAAGGAGCCAAAGAUUUGGAUCAUGUUAUAAACGCCCAUGAUGCAUUUCUUCAACAAGUUACCACAAGGGCUCUCAUGGAUAACGAAUCUAGGGCAAUGUUAACACAGUUGCGAGCUAUCUUUGAUCUUAUUAUUCAGUUUCAAACUGCUCAAGAAGCUAUGUAUACAGCUGCUCUUACUGAACUUGGAGCUAGAGAGGAGUUCGAAAAAAGAAUACAACAAAAAACUUCAGAUGGUAAAUGGGGUAUAACAGAUGAAGAAUCAGCUGCCGAUAAAAGACGGGUCGCUGAAUUUACAAAAACAUUUAUCCCUAAUACCAGAGCACAAAUACGAGUUUUGCAUCAGUCUUAUCAAGACAUGCUCCAAGACUUUCUAAUCAUGUUGAAUAGUCAUUCUGAUGUCAGUCUGCGUUUUCUUUGUUUUCGCCUCGAUUUUAAUGAACAUUACAAAAAGUUGGAACCGAAAUUACGUUCUCCGACAAAAUAUGGAACAAAUAAAGGAAAAGGUUUAUACACGGAAACAACUAAGCUAUAAGAAUUUGCUUUAAAUUUUAGUUAUGUAAAAAUGGGUAAAAAUGAAAAAUCAAUAAA